AUGACGGCAAUGGUGUACGACAGUUGGGGCAGCCCGGCAGACCGCUUCCAUGGCUCCAUGUGUCUUGGCAUUGAUCUAGGCACUACUAACUCGUGCGUCGGCAUUUGGCACGUCGAGCGCAAUCAUGUCAAAAUCAUGAAAAACCGCAGAGAUCGAGGUCGUACAAUGCCUUCCGUUGUGCAUUUUGACCCUCAGAGUCAACAUGUGGAUGUCGGCAAUGCUGCUGUGGAGUUUGAGACGGAACCACCGGUCGGAAAUACCAUUCGCUCGAUCAAGCGACUACUUGGUCAAAAAUUCGUCAGCAAAGCAGUAGACGUAGCCAGAAUCUAUGCACCGUAUAGCGUGGUGCCUACAGCACAAGGCAAUGUGGUACUGCAGGUGGUUCGUGGAGGGAAAAAGGUACAAGUUCAGCCUGAAGAGGUGGUGGCAAGUGUCCUUGUGGAGCUCAAAGCAUCGGCAGAAGCAUAUUUUGACGGUCAGCUGAGUUUCGACAAUGUGGUGAUCACAGUUCCAGCUUAUUUCAGUGAUUCCCAGAGAAAGGCGACGCUCACGAGUGCAUCAAUGGCUGGCUUUAAGGCUGUGAGGCUGCUGAAUGAGCCUACAGCAGCAGCAAUGGCUUACGGGUUGUUUCUUUCCGGUAAAAAACUCGUGACAGUUUUCGACUUUGGAGGAGGAACACUGGACGUCUCGUUGUUGCGCAUUGAGGAUGGCAAGUUUGAGGUAUUGGGGAUCGGAGGUGACACGAGCCUGGGAGGAGACGACAUCGAUAACGUGUUGGUGGAUCAUUUGAUUGAGAUGCUCGAUCGACAUCACAACGUAACACGAGCUCAGGUGGGGGAUGAGGACAUGGUGAGGCUAAAAAGAGAAGUGGAGAAGGCAAAAAUCAAGCUUUCAGAAGAGGAACGCGCGGUUGUUACGGUGGACAUGGCAGACGUGCCUGGGAUUACGUACACGCUAACAAGACGCAAGCUGGAAGAACUAUGCUGUCCGAUCUGGAAAAAGUGCCUUCGGAUCGUAUCAAGUGUGCUAGAGGAAGCAAAGGUAGAAAGCUCCAACGUUGAUGAAGUCAUCCUCGUAGGAGGUUCCACCCGGAUUCCGAUUCUGCGCCAACAGAUUUCUGAGGCUUUUGGUGGUAAAGAACUUUGCAUGUCCGCAAACGCAGAUGAGGUAGUGUGCGAAGGUGCUGCUAUCCAGGCAGCCAUCUUGUGUGGCGUGGAUCAGCGCGUGCUUCGAGACGUGCUCAUGAUGGAUGUCCUUCCGCUACCCAUCGGACUCGAGACAGCCGAUGGAAGCAUGGAAGUAAUUCUUCCAAAAAAUGCACGCAUUCCGACAACGGUGACGAAGUAUUUUCAGACAUACGAAGACAAUCAGCGUGGUCUUACUGUUGAGGUGUACGAAGGUGAAAACGAAAUCGCCAAGGAAUGCGACCACAUCUGCUACUUCAACUUUGUGCUUCCAAGAGACAAGAUUGGCAAGGCGGGUGAGUUUGCGCAUCCGGUCACUUUUACAAUGAAUGCAAAUGGAAUUCUGCAGGUGAGGGCUGGAUUUUACCACGAUGACCUGAAGGAAGCGCCAAUGUCAAAAACAGCGGUGUUCCUCAUGUUAGGAUACGCUCUCGCACUCUUCUUCUUGUACGUGUUUCUUCGCAUCUACUUCACCGAGGCGAGGGGCGUCACCGCGUGA